GUUUUGUUAAGCAAAUGCCACUGUCAAGCCAGUGAAGACACAACAGUGACAGGUUGGAAACAGGUUGUGUCAAACAUCAACAAUGGCAUUCAGCAAAGGUUAUCGUAUUUAUCACAAGCUGGAUCCACCCCCCUAUAGCGUUAUCGUGGAAACAAGGAAUCGUGACGAGUGUUUGAUGUUCGAGUCGGGAGCAGUCGCUGUUCUGUCGGCUGCAGAAAAAGAUGCUAUCAAAAAUACAUAUACCAAAAUGCUGGAUGCUUACGGCAUUCUGGGAGUUCUCCGUCUUAACCUGGGAGACUCCAUGCUUCACAGCUUAGUUGUGGUGACAGGAUGCAGUUCAGUGGGGAAGGUCCAGGACUCUGAAGUCUUCCGGGUCACAGCCACGGAUUUUGUCUCUCUGAAGAACGACCCCUCAGACGAAGACAGGAUCUCUGAAGUGCGUAAGGUCCUGAAUUCCGGGAACUUCUAUUUCGCCUGGUCGUCCACCGGCGUGAGCCUGGACCUUAGUCUGAACGCCCACCGUAGGAUCAGGGAGGACACGUCAGACAAUCGUUUCUUCUGGAAUCAGUCCCUGCACCUCCAUUUGAAGCAUUAUGGGGUGAACUGUGAUGAUUGGCUACUGAGGCUCAUGUGUGGUGGGGUGGAGAUCCGAACUAUCUAUGCAGGUCACAAACAGGCCAAGGCUUGCGUCAUAUCACGACUCAGUUCCGAGAGAGCGGGCACGCGCUUCAACGUGCGCGGCGCCAACGAUGACGGACAGGUGGCCAACUUUGUGGAGACCGAGCAGGUUAUUUUCCUUGACGACAAAGUGUCGUCGUUCAUUCAGAUCCGCGGCUCUAUACCUCUCUUCUGGGAGCAGCCAGGUAUCCAGGUUGGCUCCCAUCGCGUCAAGCUGUCCCGGGGAUUCGAGGCGAACGCACCAGCCUUUGAGAGGCAUUUUACCGCACUGAGAAGACUCUACGGCAAACAGGUGAUCCUUAACCUGCUGGGAAUGAAAGAGGGGGAGCACAUGCUGAGUAAAGCCUUCCAGAGUCACCUCAAAGCUUCCGAGCACGCCUCUGCCGUGAAGAUGGUGAACUUUGACUACCAUCAGAUGGUGAAAGGGGGAAAGACAGAGAAACUACACAGUGUUCUGAAACCUCAGGUCAGCAGGUUCCUGGAGGAAUGCGGCUUCUUUUACUACUCUGGAGAAACUGGAAUCCAAAGGUGCCAGGCUGGAACCCUCCGUGUGAACUGUCUGGACUGUCUGGACAGGACGAACAGCGUGCAGGCCUUUUUUGCACUGGAGAUGUUACCCAAACAGUUAGAAGACAUGGGCCUGACUGAAAAGCCCCAACUGGUGGCGCGUUUCCAAGAAGUCUUUCGCACCAUGUGGUCUGUUAACGGAGACUCCAUCAGCAAGAUCUAUGCUGGCACCGGGGCUCUGGAUGGCAAAGCGAAGCUCAAAGACGGAGCCCGGUCCGUCACCAGAACCAUCCAGAACAACUUCUUCGACAGCUCCAAGCAGGAGGCCAUAGACAUACUGCGACUGGGAAGCACGCUCAACAGCGACCUGGCCGACAAAGCCCGAGCCCUUCUCACCACCAGCAGUCUCUACGUCUCUGAGCCCAUUUUACAAUCAGCAUCUCCAAGAGUGUUGCUAGGAAUGUGUCAGAACCAUCACAGAUACACUCGGCCCAAACAGAUCAGGGUUUGUGUCGGCACAUGGAACGUCAACGGAGGCAAACAAUUCCGGAGCAUUGCCUUCCGUAACCAGACACUCAACGACUGGCUGCUGGAUGCUCCCAAACUGGCAGGUCACCCAGAAUUCCAGGAUAGCAAAGCCAAUCCCGUUGACAUCUUUGCCAUUGGCUUUGAGGAAAUGGUUGAACUGAAUGCUGGGAACAUUGUCAGUGCAAGCACCACCAAUCAGAAACUUUGGGCGGCCGAGCUGCAGAAGAACAUUUCGAGGGAUCACAAAUACGUGCUGCUGGCCUCGGAGCAGCUGGUGGGCGUCUGCCUCUUCGUCUUCAUUCGCCCCCAGCAUGCCCCGUUCAUCCGGGAUGUAGCUGUGGAUACGGUGAAGACCGGUAUGGGCGGAGCUACGGGGAACAAAGGGGGCGUGGCCAUCCGCAUGCUCUUCCACACCUCCAGUAUAUGUUUCGUGUGCUCUCACUUUGCCGCCGGACAAUCCCAAGUCAAGGAGAGGAACGACGAUUACAACGAGAUUUGCCGCAAACUCACCUUUCCCAUGGGGCGACUUCUCGGUUCUCACGAUUACGUGUUUUGGUGCGGGGACUUUAACUAUCGCAUCAGCCUACCCAACGAAGAGGUGAAAGAGCUGAUCAGGCAGCAGAACUGGGAUGCUCUGAUCGCCGGAGACCAGCUGGUGGAACAGAAGAACGCUGGCAUGAUUUUCAGGGGCUACAUCGAGGGAAAGUUAGACUUUGCCCCCACCUACAAGUAUGACCUUUUCUCUGAAGACUACGACACCAGUGAGAAAUGCCGCACCCCCGCCUGGACCGACCGCGUCCUCUGGAAAAGGAGGAAAUGGAACUUUGAUAAAACAGCUGAGGAGAUGAACAUGGUAGGAGUUGCUGCGAAUGAUGAAGACCAGUACCCAUGGAGCCCAGGGACUCUGAAAUACUACGGUAGAGCGGAGCUGAAGACCUCUGAUCACAGGCCGGUGGUGGCGGUUAUAGAUGUGGAUAUACUAGAGGUGGAUCCGGAGGCGCGCCAUCAGGUCUAUAAGGAGGUGAUUGCCCAUCAGGGACCUCCUGACGGCACCAUCCUGGUCUCCCUCUGCUCCUCUGGCCCCGACGACUACUUCGAUGACGCUUUGAUUGACGAGUUACUUGACAAGUUUGCUGCUUUUGGUGAAGUCAUUCUUAUAAGGUUUGUGGAGGAGAAGAUGUGGGUGACCUUUCUAGAGGGCUACUCUGCUUUGGCUGCAUUGUCACUGAGUGCUUCCACUGUGUUGGGGAAAACCAUAGACAUCCGUUUGAAGAGUCCCGGCUGGAUUAAGAGUCUGGAGGAGGAGAUGAGCGUGGAGAGGAUCUGCGGCAGCAUCCCGACCUCCGCCAGCUCCACGCUGCUGGCCGAGGACUCGGACAUGGGCGACGAGUACGACAUGGAGGGAGAGAUCGACGAAGAGGUGGAGGACAUUCUGCCUCAGCACCUGCAGCCCGGAGCCGGGAUGGGCGGAGGCGUGUCCCCCGCAGCCUCCCCCCGCGGCAGCCCCUGCCCCUCCCCCACCCACGGAGAACCCGCGCCUCCGAGCCGACCCAGCAGGGCACCUGCACGCGUCCCUGGACCCCCGCAAGGCUCUCCCGCGGACGGACAGGCGGUCGGCGCCCCCUUGUCUCAGGGACUGGAGCCUAAACGACCCCCGCCUCCGCGACCCAGCGCCCCUCCAGCCCGACCGGCCCCCCCUCAGCGUCCUCCACCACCCUCAGGACGAGGGCAGGCCACCGGAGGGCCCCAGAGGCCGAAUCUUCCACAAAGGGCAGGGGUCAUCAGUGUUCCCCCACAAGGCAGACCCCCUCCCCCUUCUCACCCCGGAGCUCCGAGACCCAUCCCAGAGGUCCACCCUGGAGCCCCGCGACCUGCCCCUGACACUCACCCAGGGGCCCCGAGACCCAUUCCCGAGCCUCAGAGCAAACCGGCCGAACUGCCUCUCGGUCCACCUCCUACACUGCCAGGUCCUCCAAGGGGACAGCUCCCGGCCCCCAUGCAGCCGCAGGCAGCCUCACCCGUGCAGCCGCAGGCGGCGUCUCCGUUACCGCCCCCGAUGCAGCCCCAGCAGUUACCCCCGCCCAUGCAGCCGCAGUUGGCUACCCCACUACAGCCUCAGCCUGCAGCAGGAUCCCCGGCAGCGGCCGCCCCCCCCGUGCCCAUUCCAGGCCUGGCCUCUCCAAAACCCCCUCCCCGCAGCCGUUCCUCACACGCCCUGCCUCCUGAGUCAGCCCCUGCCUCUAAGACCAAUGGGAUGAACGGGAUCCAAAGAGAAGCACAAUGGAAACCCAACCCCUUUGACCCCCUCACAUCCGACGUGUUCUCCUCCGCCUCCUGGCUCAGCACCCACUCCCUCACAAGGAGCGCCUCCCUUCACACCUCCCCGUCCCCCUCGCCCGUGCCCGGCUCCCUGCACUCAGUUCCUCUCUCCUCCCAGCCGGCCCCUCCCUCCAGCGUUCAGGCCCUGCUUCCUCCCCCGGUGUCCUCCCGGAGUAGGUCACAGGAGACCCUGCGUGUUUCCCCCAACCCUUUCCUCAGCGACACGUGCCCCGGCAGCACCAACCCUUUCACCGGCGGUCUGGCCCAGUCCCAACGCCGAUCCCUCACCCCCGACUUCUACACCCAGCAGCAGGCCCACGGGCCCGCGCACGGCCUCGGCAGAACCGCGUCUCUGAUGGACAGGCGCUCCACCCUCCCCGCAACCCUCUCCCCGCUGCCUCCGCCGGCCCCCGCCCCGGCAAAACGGACCCAAAACUGGGUCACGUUCGAGGAUGAUUUAGACUUGUCCCUGUCAGGAAAAGCUCCGGCGGCUGCCGGGACCGCGUCCCUACCCAGGCCGGCCGGCAAGUCCUUCACCCUUCCCCAGAGCCGGUUCCCCGGCUCGGGGUUUGAUUCCGACUGGGCCGCUCCCACGACUUCCACAUUCCCCAUGAUCCCACCGCCUGUCUCAGGCAGGACUAAUCCCAAUAAUCCACAGAUUCCAAACAGAACCAGCGAAUUCACGGAAAGAUAA